UGCGCGGUGAUUGGACGCCGGGAGUCCCCGGCGGCCGCGGCGCGCGAUCCGAGGGAAGCCGGCCGCAUGGGGCGGCGGCGGCCCCGGGGGCCCCGGGGAGACGCGGUCGGGGCCCUGCCCGAGGCCAUCGCCGCGCUGAGUCAGACGCUGCCCGCCGGGCCCAGCCCCGAGAUCUUCCGCCGCGCCAAGUUCGACCGUCCGGAGGCGGCCCCGGCGCUCUGGCAGCUGCUCUUCCGCGUGCUCUCGCCGCUACCCGACGACGGCGCCUCGGCCUCCCCGGCCUCCCCGGCCCAAGUCCACCUGGUGAAGUCGGCGCUGCGCUCCCAGGGCUACCCCAGGAGGGCGCUGGCGCAGCUCCCCGAGGAUGGCUCCCAGGGCAGCCGCGAGCUUCUGCUGGCCCUGGCCUGGCUCCUGGCCCGCGGGCCCCUGCUCGAGCAGCUGCUGGCCCAGACGCGCGUGCGGCUGGGCGACGAGAUACCCGUGUGCGAGUGUGAAGCCCUGGCCAGUGCUGGCCCACUCCCGCCCCGCCGGGAAGCAGAUGGCCCUGUGGACAUACGCCACUUGCAGUGGCUGAUGGGAAAGCUGCGGUUCCAGUGGCGAAACCUGAUCACCAGUCAGCAGGAGCAGUGUGCCCUCCUGGGAAAG